CUGCUGGUGGCCAUCAAAAGAGUCGGCACAGUCGCAGGCAGGCAUGUUUUUUUUUUAGAAAAGGUACCCGUACCUUAUUCGCGCCAAGGGUAAACAGUUUUUGAGGAUGAGCAUAGCAAAUAUUUAUCAUGCUUACGGUCACGACCCAUCCGUAUGGUGCAGUUUUUCAUUGUCAUGCCGCCCGGCCCAGUUGUGGGGGUAGUCCCGAAUCGUGCCCAAAACAUUAUAUCGCUUGCCCAGCAACGGAAUCUGUAAACCGUGCUAACCGUGGCCUGUUGUCUGUUGCUUAGUCCACCGAGUGCUAAGUGUCGGAAUCAAACAGUAGAUACGUUUGAUCUACGGUAUCGAACAAGUAAGAUACAUAUGACUACAUAUACACGUAUAUGCUGAAACAAUCAAUUACAGACGGGCACGAUUUUACCAAGUAUUAAAUGUUAUUCUCCGUAGGCUUUGGCUUUCUUUCGUUGCUACGCAUUAUGUCCGCGAAGCGGUUUGAAACUGAGCUUCUGCUUCAGAUUUGUAUUGAUAUAGGGUAGUCUGCACCACCUGGCUGCAAAAUUCAUUUCCACCAUUUGCACAAUCAUUAUUUCGCGAAGAAUUUUACAUCCCGACAGCACUCCAAAACAGGCGAUAAGGCAUAACAUGGCAAUUAUUCGUUGACUCGCACGACCAUUGAACGUGUGCCAUUGAAGAAUUUCAACACGUCAACAAGGUCAGUCGGACAGUUCACUCGCGGCUACCAGAAAGCGUGAUAAACGGAUUGGACACAACCGCCAUGAGCCAUGAUUCACGAUAGGAUCGUGAGCACGCGAACCUAACGUGUAACGAUCAACUUUCGCUUACACGCGCUAUCGAACAAAAUCAUGUGAGCUAGCGACAGAGCCCACGGCGUACGGCGUAUAGUUAGGUGAGUUGGUAGCACAGAUAGGAGUGAUCUUUUGCGAGCGAAACGAGAAGCGAGGGUGUUAAUUGGUACUACAGACACCAACCGAAACGAAUCUCCUGCGCCUCCUCACCAACACUGUCCGUGAGAGGACGCCAUUGGCGUCGCCUCUAUUAUAGACGUCCAUUUAGGAAAUGAUCCGAAGCAACGAUAAUUCUGCGGAUUCGCUUACAUUAGCGGGGUUUUACGAUAUGUUUUAAGCGUGCAUACAUUAUUAUAGACAAAUACCAUCCAAACAUUCAUUCAUCAUCGUACAUAUCGAGGGAGAGAAACGAGAAAGAGCGAAACUGCGAACAAAACAAGGGAGAGAUUACAUAGUGAUACUUGUGAAUGAUAAGCGAUGCAAUCAUGAUCAAAGUUGCGACCGAGCAUAACAUGGAAAGGGAAGAGUAUUGAGAAAGAACGACCAUAAGGAAGACCACAAGGCCUGCAACCAGGCAUUACACUGAGCAACUAAAGGACGAAGGCAAUCUUAUUGAAAACUCAAUAAGAGUUGUAAAUCGUGUUAUACUCAAACAUUUGUUCAAACACUUGGUUUUCUUUGCAAAACAAACAAUCGCUUCAUCACUACGUCGUUACAUUAGGUAGGUGGAGUUGAUCCAUACGAAGGUUCUCAGCAGCAUCGCGGAACAACGAACCGCGACCGAGUGCUGGAGCGGUUUGAUGGUAGCUCUUGCUGUAUCAAAAUUGUGAUAUCAUUUAAGCGUUUUACUUAAGAAGAAGCUACUGUUAUUGGUUCUUAGAGAAGGUUUAUCCGAUUUAUUAAAUGUAUCACCGUUAAAAAAAACCUAUAGAAUCCGUGGAACACGGGCGGUAUGAAAAACCGACUGACUCUACUACGAUUGAACGAGGAAUUAGUUUCCAGAUCCAGCUGGACAAGACACACACGGAUUUCAUUCGGUUUGCGUGAAAAGUUGAGGAUUUUCAUUAGGAGCAAAACUUUUCUUUGUUUCUCCCCAAUAGUCCUUUUACACCGGGGCUGGUUGGAGGAAACACAAUAAAAAUAACGAUGCUCCGCCUAAUCUGUCGCCGUUCUACAUCGUCCUCACUACCCUAAAACACUAAAUGAGCCUUAACCGUGUAAAUGUGUAUGUAUAAUAAUGGAUACUAUAAUUAAAGGAAAGAAUCGUCAAAUGAAAAAAAGGGACAGAAGGAUAGGCCAGCUCGUAUAGAGAAGGCAAUCUCGUGGAAAGGUGCGUGUGUCUGUACAUACUGUAAAGAUGAAUAGCAGAAUUUCAGUAUCGGUGUAAUCACCCCAAGCACACGGACCGGAUGCGAUGAAACGAGCAGGUUUUGGGGGAAAGAAAGAGCGAUAAUAUUAUGUUGUAACAUAGGACUGAAGAAGAAGAAAUGAUGCGGGAAUUGAUGUAUUGUGGAACACAGAUGGAAAUAAACUAUCUAAACAAUGUUUAACCAAAAAACCCAACCGG